AUGGAAGAAGAAAAGGAAGAAGGGCCUGUAAAUGAGGAAGCAGAAGAAGAUGCAGUAGAGGAAAAGGAAGAGGGAGUAGAUGAAGAUGAGCAGGGAGGAGAAGAAGUGGCUCAUGAUGAAAAGGAAGAAGAAGAGGAAGAAGGGUCAGUGAAAGAGGAAACAGAAGAAGAUGCAGUAGAGGAAAAGGAAGAGGGAAUAGAUGAAGAAGAGCAGGGAGGAGAAGAAGUGGCUCAUGAUAAAAUGGAGGAAGAAAUGGAAGAAGGGUCUGUGAAAGAGGAAGCAAAAGAGGAUGCAGUAGAAGAAACAGAAGAGGAAAUAGGUGAAGAAGAACAAGAAGAAGAAGUGGCUCAUGAUGAAAAGGAAGAAGAAGCAAAAGACAAAAUAGUAGAAGAAGAAAAAGAGGGAGAGGAAGAAGAAGAAGAAAAACAAGAGGGGGGAGAAAAAGUGGCUCAUGAGGAUAAUAAUGAGGAAGUAGAAGACGAAAGUGAAGUACAAAAAGAAAGGAAUGAAGAAGAGAAAAAUGCAGAUAAAGCACAAGAAGAAACACAAAAGGAAGAUCAAGAAGCUGAAAAAGAACCCCAAAUAGAAGAUGAAAUGGAUGAUGCAGCAGUAGAGCCAGACGCAGAGGAAGGAGAGAGCCAAAAAGAUGCAUCCGAAUGUGUAGAAAAUGCUGGCGAUUUGGGAGGCUCUGAAGCAGAAGCUGCAGGAACAGAAAAUGAAGUUGAGGAAGAUACUCACGCUAGUGAUGGAGAGGAGACUGAGAAGGAUGAUGCCAAGCCUGAAGAAGAAUGUGAAGCUUCUUCAGAAACAGCAGCAGCAGAAGAAGAGGGUGAGAACAAGGAAGGGGAUGAUGAAGCUGGGGAGAAGGAAGAGGAAGCGGUGGGAGAAGAGAGCAAUGAACCUGCUCAGGCUGAAGGAGAUGAAGAAGACCCUGCAAUAGCUUCAGGAGAAGAAGAAGAUGGUGGGGAACCUAGUGAAGCUAUAAGGAACCGCCGAAAAGCUUCGGCCAUCUCAUCCAUGGGGAAUUGUUCACAGCAAUCCCAAAAAGGAUCUGAGGAUGGGAACGAUGGAGAAGAUGGUAAGGAAGAGGCUGAUAUGGACAAAGAUGGUAAUGCUGGUGAAGAGGCUGAAAGCAACACAGAGAAUAAGUCUGCAACUAUGUAUCCUGACAUCGAAGAAGAGGAUGAAGAGGAAGAAGAUCGAGCAUCCUCCCUGGGAAGUGGUGGAAAGGGAGAAGAACCCAAAACUGACGAACAUGAAGAGGACAAUAGCCAGGCCUCUAAAAAGAAGGAUGAGAAUUCAGAGGCUAUUGAUCAAGAUGACCUAGACUUUUAGGGGAAACCACA